AUGGUGGAGAAAGAGUACAAGUUACUGUUUGGCGAUCUGUUGUUGAACAUGUCUGUUGUGAUUUUCUUCUGUUUCUGCUGGUGGAAUCUGUUUGGUUUGUUUAGUUGUGAGUCUGUGUCAGUGACUGAAGGAGAUUCUGUGACUCUGUCUGCGGAUCUGACUGAAAUGAAAGAUGGAAUCUCUUGGAAGUUUGGAGAAAUUGUCAUUGCUGAAAUCAAAGCUGGGGGCAAUAACAUCAAAUUACAUAAGGACAGAGCUGAUGGAAGAUUCAGACACAGACUGGAGUUAAACUUACAAAACGGAUCUCUCACCAUCAACAACAUCACAAUCACAGACUCGGGACUUUAUCAAGUCAUCAUCACAGACUCAAACACCAAACUCAAGACAGUCAACAUCACUGUCUAUGGUCAUCUUCCUGUUCCUGUAAUCACCAGAGACUUUCCCGUUGAGAGUUACUUGGUGAAUUCUUCACCUUUAGUGUCAAAUUGUUUUGUGUUGUGUUCAGUGAUGAAUGUGUCACAUGAUGUGAGUCUCUCCUGGUACAAAGGAAAGAGUUUAUUGUCCAGCAUGAGUGUGUCUCAUCUCAACAUCAGACUCUCUCUACCUCUGGAGGUGGAAUAUCAAGACAACAACACAUACAGAUGUGUCAUUAACAAUCCCAUCACAAACCUCACACAACAUCUAGACAUCAAUCAACUCUGUCACAAGUGUUCAGGCUAUUGCUGUUGUGGUUCUACUGAAGCUGUGAUCCGAUUGGUCAUCUCUGCUGUGGUGGGCGUGGCUACUGUUGCUGUUCUGGUUUAUGAAAUCAGAUCCAGAGGCAGAAGAGAGCAGAUACUCAAUUAAAUGAUGAAUUCUGGCUAUUUUUCUGUCUUAUCUAAGAAGAGUGUUAUGAUCUUGUCUGUCUCUCUCCUGUUUCGUAGUGUAACUUCUUCUUCUUCCUUUAGCGGCAGUUGUCAAACCAACUUAAGGUGCAUUACCGCCACCAUCUGGACUGUAAUAUAUUAAAUAUAUUAAAGAACUAUAUAUAUUAAAAGAAAAAUAAGCACAAAUACAUACACACAUAUAUAUAUUAACAACACAAAUCAUAAACAAGGCCUCUCUAAUUCAUACUGAUCUCACAAAUGUCAACAAACAUCAAUCCUUUCAGUUGGCUGUUGGGGUUAGAUGUUGGUAAUUAAAUUCUUCUGUAUUUUUCAACUCAAUUGAUCAGGGGCUUUAUUACAGAAGGAUCCUUACGUAGAAUUCUAUGAUAUCUCUUCAGUCACCAUGGUAAUUUCAGUUUGGAGCCCAUUUAUAACAGGUAACUUGUCAGAUCAUAACAUACAAGUUUUUAUAAUAUGCUCAAAGGUCCUUUUUUAAGUCUGCUUGAUAAACCUUUUCAGUUGAUUAGUGAGCACAUGUUAUUGAUCAGAAAAAUCUGAAGAGUUUGGUAACAGAAUGAGAUGACUCAGACUUCGCAAAAGUUUUGUUAUUGUGCAUUCCAAUUAAUAUCAAUCAGUUGGUUUGUUUUGAUUAAAGCCAUCAUUACAAACAAAUAC